AUGGGUUCGCCCGAGUAUACAAGUGCAACAUUUCCUUUCUUCGUAUGCUUUCUCAUUAGCAUUGCAACAUUCCAUGUUUGCUUCUGUAAUGGCAUCAGCAGCAGCUCCAAUCACACUCAAAAUAAUAUCACUUGCUUCGAAAAUGAGAGGGAAGCCCUUGUUAAAUUCAAGCAAGAUUUGAAAGACCCUUCGAACCGGUUGUCCUCUUGGGAUAUCGGGAAGGAUUGUUGCCAAUGGGCCGGAGUUGUCUGCGACAACUUUACCGGUCACAUCCGCGAGAUCCAACUUCAAAGUCCUGAUGAGGAUUCUUUCCCUGUAACAUUUGCUGAAUAUCAAGUUUAUUUGAGGCAUAAGUUACAGGGAAAGGUAAAUCCUGCUUUGCUCGAUUUGAAGCACCUCCAAUAUCUGGACUUGAGUAACAAUGAUUUUGAAGGGACUCACAUCCCUAGCUUCAUUGGCUCUAUUGCAACUUUGAGAUACCUCAACCUGUCUCGGGCGGGAUUUGGCGGAAACAUUCCUCCUCAACUUGGAAACGUCACCACAAUGCGUUACCUUGAUCUUGGACAUAAUGACGGACUACUUUGUGGAAAUUCGCAUUGGCUUUCGCGUCUUGUUUUGCUACAACACCUCGAUAUGAGUGGUGUAAACCUCAGCAAAGCGUUUGACUGGCUACAGGUGAUGAGCAACCUCCCUUCAUUGGUAGAAUUACACUUGUCUGGUUGUGAACUUGAGUAUGUCGUCUCUCCGUCUUCAACUAACAAAAUUAACUUUACAUUGCUUGACAUCCUCGACCUCUCCUCUAACAAUCUUGGAUCAUCUGUACCAGGUUGGAUUCUCAGUCUUAAUCAUCUAGUCUCCCUAGAUUUGAGUGAAUGUGGCUUUUAUGGUCCAGUUCCUAGUGGUCUUCAAAACAUGACUUCUCUCAGAGUUCUCGAUUGGUCUAUGAAUCCUUUUAAUUCUACCAUACCAAAUUGGUUGUAUAGUUUAAGCCAUCUUCAGUCACUCAGUCUUCAUGGGAAUCUUUUGCAUGGUGCGGUGUCAACUGCCAUUGAAAACUUGACUUCCCUCAUUAGCCUUGAUAUUAGAAGCAACUCUUUAUCAGGUCCCAUUCCAGUGUCAAUAGGAAAAUUAUCAUCUUUGAUAAGGUUAGAUCUUUCUAGUAAUAAGUUGAAUGGGACUCUUCCUAGAAGUCUUGGGAAACUUGCAAAGUUAGAAGGCUUGUUCCUAUGCUAUAAUUUGUUGGAGGGUGUCGUCUCUGAUAUUCACUUUGUCAAUCUCACGAGAUUACGCUACCUAUAUGCUGGUUGGAACAACUUAAAUUUAAAACCAAGUGCCAAUUGGGUUCCCCCUUUCCAACUUGAAUAUUUGUAUCUGGACUCCUGGCAGUUAGGGCCACAUUUUCCCUUAUGGCUUCCAUCUCAGAGGACGUUGAGUUAUUUGAGCAUAGUCAACACAAGAAUUUCAGACUCCAUUCCCACAUGGUUUUGGCCCACUUUUCCCAAAUUAGAGUACGCAAACCUCUCUCGUAACCAAAUUCGUGGAGAGAUUUCAAGCUUGCGUAAUGUUUGUCGUUUAUUAGUGAUUGACCUUAGUUUCAACCACUUUAACGGUCCGCUACCACUUGUCCCCUCUAAUUUGACUUGGCUAGAUCUUUCAAAUAACUCUUUUUCAAGAUCUAUUAACCAUCUGUUAUGUGGUGAAGGAGCGGAACCAAACAACAAACUGUUCUUUCUCAAUUUGGGAAAUAAUCUUUUGUCGGGAAAAAUUCCCGACUGUUGGAAGCAUUGGCCGUACCUGCAAAUCAUCAAAUUAGAAAACAACAAUUUGGCGGGUAACAUUCCAAGCUCCAUCGGACAGUUGAGUAACCUUCGAUCAUUGCACUUGCGUCAAAACAACCUCUCAGGAGAACUACCGCGGACUCUACAAUAUUGCUCAUUUUUGUGGGUUGUCGAUAUUAGUGAAAACAGAUUUACUGGAAGCAUUCCACCGUGGAUUGGCAAGUCAUUGUCAAUAUUGAUAUUUCUGAAUCUGCGUUCAAAUAACUUUUCAGGUGACCUUCCACAUGAACUGUGUCGUUUAAGCUCUCUUCAAAUCUUUGAUGUUGCACAUAACAAUCUAUCGGGUCCUGUGCCUAGAUGUUUUGCCAACUUUAGCGCCAUGGCAAAAAUAAAUAACUCACGUGCCCCAAUAUUUUACAAUAUUGGUUUCGGAAUUGGGGAUAAACUAGUUUUGGUGACCAAAGGAAGAGAUGUUGAAUAUAGCACCACUCUUGGUUUGGUGACAAGCAUGGAUCUUUCUGGAAACAAUUUAUCUGGAGAGAUUCCUGAGGAACUCACUAAACUUGUGGGGUUGUGGUCAUUGAAUUUGUCUGGAAAUCAUUUAAAUGGCAAAAUCCCAAGAAGUGUUGGUGAUAUGAGACAACUAGAAUCCCUUGAUUUCUCACUAAAUCAACUUUCUGGGGAAAUUCCUUCGAGCAUGUCAAGUUUGACAUUCCUGAGUCACUUGAACUUGUCCUAUAACAAUUUGACUGGAAGAAUCCCAUCAAGUACUCAACUUCAAAGCAUGAAUGAAUCCAGUUUUUUUGGCAACAAGCUUUGUGGGGCUCCACUCACAAGUUGCAACCCAAUCCAGACUAUCCCUCCGAAAGUUGAACCACCUGGAAGUGAAGAAAAUGGAGAGGGAUUUUCGGAAGCGUCGUUGUUUGGAAGCAUGGCACUUGGAUUUGCAGUUGGGUUUUGGAUUGUCGUGGGUCCUUUACUGUUCAAGAGGUCUUGGAGAAUUGCUUAUUUCCGGGUGCUAGAAGGUAUUUGGCACAAACUUUGUGAUUUCAUGUUUUAA